AAGAGAGGUGGGAGGCAGUGAUUGGCAUUCUUUCUCUCCAUCAGCAGUGACAGGUUAGAGGAAGCAGCAGAGUACACUCACUGGCAGAACCAAAGGCGAAGCGUCUGGGAAAAGAACUGCUGUCAACAUGGCAAAAGUAUUUAAGAAGACCAGCGGGAAUGGAACAAUUGCCCUGUAUUUGGGAAAAAGAGACUUUGUUGACUGUGUGGAUUCUGUGGAAGUAGUCGAUGGAGUGGUUAAAGUGGAUCCUGCUGGUCUUAAUGGCAAAAAAGUGUUUGUCUAUCUUGCCUGUGCCUUCCGCUAUGGAAGCGACGACUUGGACGUCAUUGGACUCUCCUUCAGGAGAGACAUAUGGAUAAAGCGAGUUCAGGUGUAUCCAGUACCUGCUGCAAAAGCACCUUCAACUCCCUUGCAGGAAUCUCUUCUAAAAAAGGUUGGGGAUCAAGGAUGUCCCUUUACCUUUCAGGUAAUCUACCUGUUAGAGACCGGUUCAGUUUUUUUGUCCAGUAGUAACAUAACCAAGUAUGCGCAAACCACUUAUCUUUUUUGGUUUCAGAUGCCCCUCAAUCUCCCAUGCUCAGUCUCCUUACAGCCUGGGUCAGGGGAUUCUGGCAAGGCUUGUGGUGUGGACUUUGAGGUUAAAGCAUAUAUUGCCGAUGAAGCUGACAAUCCAGAUGAAGUCAUUGAAAAAAAGAAUACCUGCCGUCUGAUCAUUCGUAAAAUACAGUUUGCACCAGCUAACAACAAGGCUGGACCCAAGGCAGAGAUCUCAAAGCAGUUCAUGAUGACUGACAAGCCAGUCAAUGUUGAGAUCUCUCUUGAAAAGGAGAUUUACUACCACGGUGAUCCAAUAUCAGUUAAUGUAAAAAUCAACAAUGAAACCACCAAAACUGUAAAGAAGAUCAAAGUCUCUGUCGAGCAGCUAACAAGUGUUGUCUUGUACUCAUCUGACACUUAUUCCAAGGAGGUCUGCGCUCAGGAGUUUGGAGAGACUGUAGGCGCCAACUCAACAUUUGAGAAGUCCUUCCAAGUAGUGCCCCUGCUGGCCGACAACAAAGACAAGAGAGGUCUGGCUGUAGACGGACGGCUGAAAGAUGAGGAUACCAACUUGGCAUCCACAACUCUGGGUCAAGGCGAAAGAGAGUUGCAAGGAAUUCUGGUUUCUUAUAAAGUCAAAGUUACUGUUACAGUGUCUGGAGGAGGAAUGCUGGGUGGUCUCACAGGAAGUGAUGUUGUUGUGGAGGUUCCUGUAACCCUGAUGUCCCCAAAACCUGCAGAAGUGACAGAUGUCAACAUGGAGCCUGCAGAGGGCUGAAAAGGAAACACUGAGGAACUCAACAACAAAAAACACAAAGUUCCGUACAGUCACUGCUGUCUUUACAUUUUUCCAAAAAUGUUCAUUUUAAUAUGUAAAAUAAAGGCCUGUGAGUAUUAAAUUAUACUGUCAAUCUCAUUAUUAAAUGACAACGAAUAAAUGUACAGCACAUUUUCUAAAAGAAAUAACUGUAAGCAUAUAAGGUAGUUAAUUUUUUUGUUAGGUUACGCUUGCAGAGUUUAACUUACUCUCCAUUUAUGUUUGUGUCAUAAGACAAAAAGAGGGAUAUUGAUCGAACUUACUGUUGUGGAACAAACAUUCUCUAAGUUUUGACUGUCUUUUAUUACAAUGAAAUAAAAAUUCUGCCCAAAAACAA